CGUCGCAUACGAGUACGGCAGAACACGAGAUUGGUUCCAAACGAUACGCACAAUGAAGGCAUGAUUACCACGAGGACGACGGACAACACGGGAGGCAACGCUUCCAAUCAUGUUUCCGAUAGUAGCACGCCCAUACAGCCCUUUGAAUGGCUGACCAGCCCCGAGUCCAUCGGCGGCCUUGUGCGGACGCAGGUACUUCUUCCCAGCGGGAACGGUGCCCACGCCCCCAGGGCCCUGCACAUCGGGUGUGGAAGCAGCACCGUAGGAGAGUACCUCGUGCAGGCCCUCCGGUUCGGGCAUGUUCUCAACGUGGACAAGGACGGGGAAACACUUGGAGGGAUGGAAGCACGGUGGAACGAAAUGCAGCGCGCAGCGAAACAGGAAGAGAAUCCCCAGCUCGCAUCUGCCAUGGAAUUCCGGUGCCUCGACUACACCACCGAACGCCUCCCGGAGGGCUGCGCCGAUUCCUUCGACCUGGUCGUGGACAAGAGCACGCUGGACUGCACACUCUGCAGCGAUUGUGCCGCCACUGCCUCCUUUCUGAUGGAAAUUUACCGGACCCUCCGGCGGCCGACUUGCGAUCCGAUCGGCGAUGCGAACGACGACAGCAGCAACGGUAGGAAUGGUGGGGUCUACAUGGUCGUUUCUUUCCACGAGAUCGACCUCAUUCUGCCCCUGGUAAGGGAUUUGCCCGGGGCGAACUGGACCGUGACGCAUACCACAAUGGAGCGACAGGUCGAAUGCGUAGCAACGAAUGCCAGGGGCUAUGGCAGCAGCAGCAGCAGCAGCAGCAACGACGACAACUUCGGAACGGCGGCGUCUGCCGAGAGGCAGGCACGAAAGCCACUGAAUGUUUUGAUUGCUCGCCGCGAACGGGGGGAGCCUUUGGAGCUGGAUUUUGAUGCCGUGGUGGGACACGUGCAAGAGGUCAACGAUCGAUGGUUCCGAGACGAACAGCCCCUUUUGACAGAGGAGCGAAUCUCGGAGCUGGGUCGCGCCUUUGGGGUGGUGGUGGGGGGUUCUUCCAACCACGACGGCCACGAUGAGGCCGGUCUUCCUUCUUCACCGCCAUCGGAACAGCGCACCACGGCCGCAGCCAUGGGUGUUUCCAGGGUUCUUCCCCUCCGGGAUGCCUACGGGGUUGUCUUUACGGAGGCCGAACGCGAGCACCUUACCUUCGAGCACUUCCUAGAGGACUGGGAGGCCUUUCGCCUGGAGGAUGCGAGUGCGAACGCCAACGAGCCGGAGGGGACCAUGGAUUUCGACCUCGCCCUCCGCUUUUUGGAAGCAAACCAGUAACAACCUAAACGAAGUAACGGCCAACUUCCGGGGCAGAACCAAAGAGAGAAACUUCCUAUAAUAUGAUUUG